CGCUCCCUCCUCUCGGAGAGAGGGCUGUGGUAAAAGCCGUCCGGAAAAUGGCCGCCGCCGCCGCUGCCGCGCCAAGCGGAGGAGGAGGAGGAGGCGAGGAGGAGAGACUGCUCCAUAAAAAUACAGACUCACCAGUUCCUGCUUUGAUGUGACAUGUGACUCCCCAGAAUACAUCUUGCUUCUGUAGACCAGCUCCAACAGGAUUCCAUGGUAGCUGGAAUGUUAGGGCUCAGGGAAGAAAAGUCAGAAGACCAGGAUCUCCAGGGCCUCAAGGACAAACCCCUGAAGUUUAAAAAGGUGAAGAAGGAUAAGAAAGAAGACAAAGAGGGCAAGCAUGAGCCCUUGCAGCCGCCAGCCCACCACUCUGCUGAGCCAGCAGAGGCAGGCAAAGCAGAGACUUCGGAAGGGUCAGGCUCAGCCCCAGCCGUCCCAGAAGCUUCUGCCUCCCCAAAACAGCGGCGCUCCAUCAUUCGUGACCGGGGACCUAUGUAUGAUGACCCCACUCUGCCUGAAGGUUGGACCCGAAAGCUUAAGCAAAGGAAAUCGGGCCGCUCUGCUGGGAAGUAUGAUGUGUAUUUGAUCAAUCCCCAGGGAAAAGCCUUUCGCUCUAAAGUGGAGUUGAUUGCGUACUUCGAAAAGGUAGGCGACACCUCCCUGGACCCUAAUGAUUUUGACUUCACGGUAACUGGGAGAGGGAGCCCCUCCCGGCGAGAGCAGAAACCACCUAAGAAGCCCAAAUCUCCCAAAGCUCCAGGAACUGGCAGAGGUCGGGGACGCCCCAAAGGGAGCGGCACCGCGAGACCCAAGGCAGCAGCAUCAGAGGGUGUGCAGGUGAAAAGGGUCCUGGAGAAAAGUCCGGGGAAGCUACUCGUCAAGAUGCCUUUUCAAGCUUCGCCCGGGAGCAAGGCUGAAGGGGCUGGGGCCACCACGUCGGCCCAGGUCAUGGUUAUCAAACGGCCUGGCAGGAAGCGAAAAGCCGAGGCUGAUCCCCAGGCCAUUCCCAAGAAACGGGGCCGAAAGCCGGGCAGUGUGGUGGCGGCUGCUGCCACUGAGGCCAAGAAGAAAGCUGUGAAGGAGUCGUCCAUCCGGUCUGUGCAAGAGACCGUGCUCCCCAUCAAGAAGCGCAAGACCCGGGAGACAGUCAGCAUUGAGGUGAAGGAGGUGGUGAAGCCCCUGUUGGUGUCCACGCUCGGCGAGAAGAGCGGGAAGGGACUGAAGACCUGCAAGAGCCCUGGGCGGAAAAGCAAGGAGAGCAGCCCUAAGGGGCGCAGCAGCAGUGCCUCCUCGCCCCCCAAGAAGGAGCACCACCACCACCACCACCACUCAGAGCCCCCGAAGGCGCCUGUGCCGCUACUCCCGCCCGAGCCCCAGAGCUCCGAGGACCCCGCUAGCCCCCCUGAGCCCCAGGACUUGAGCAGCAGCGUCUGCAAAGAGGAGAAGAUGCCGAGAGGAGGCUCACUGGAGAGUGACGGCUGCCCCAAGGAGCCAGCUAAGACUCAGCCCGCAGUCGCAACCGCCACCACGGCUGCAGAAAAGUACAAACACCGAGGGGAGGGAGAGCGCAAAGACAUUGUUUCAUCCUCCAUGCCAAGGCCAAACAGAGAGGAGCCUGUGGACAGCCGGACGCCCGUGACCGAGAGAGUUAGCUGACUUUACACAGAGCGGAUUGCAAAGCAAACCAACAAGAAUAAAGGCAGCUGUUGUCUCUUCUCCUUAUGGGUAGGGCUCUGACAAAGCUUCCCGAUUAACUGAAAUAAAAAAUAUUUUUUUUUCUUUCAGUAAACUUAGAGUUUCGUGGCUUCAGGGUGGGAGUAGUUGGAGCAUUGGGGAUGUUUUUCUUACCGACAAGCACAGUCAGGUUGAAGACCUAACCAGGGCCAGAAGUAGCUUUGCACUUUUCUAAACUAGGCUCCUUCAACAAGGCUUGCUGCAGAUACUACUGACCAGACAAGCUGUUGACCAGGCUUCUUAGGGUACGCCUGCACUUCCCCUCCCACCCAGACCUCCCCCCAUGUGGUCGUUAAGGACAGAGAGCACUUGAGAGAACACUCCCAUUUUCGGUGCCAUUGGUGCCCCAGUCGCAACUCUCCUCUCCCUCCACCCUGCCCCCAGCUCCCCCACCUCCCCCACUCCCACCCACGUUGGGACAAGGAAGUGUGAGGCAGGAGAGACAGGUGGAUUCUUUAGAGAAGAAGACAGAGAUGGCCAGUGGCUACAGCCCGUGUGAUCCCACCUGUGGUGGCACAAAUCUGGCCCCACGCCAGCCCCAAUCCAAAACCGACAAGGACAUUUCACAAGACAGGGAAGUCGUGCCUGUUCGCUCCAGUUCUGGCAUGGCUCCGAGGGAGUCAUCCUUUGAGCUGCUGGGUGUAGACUGGCCUGAGCCGGAGGAGAGGAUGGCCCAGGGCCGGCCUCCAGUGGAUGGCACUAGACAGAGGCCAUGGAGGCAGCAGGACGAGGCGCAGGCAGGCUGGCCGGGCUCCGGACCGGCAGAGCACAGCAGGGCAGGAGGGACUCCUGGUCUCUCAGAGCAGUCUGUGACUGGCAGAGGCUCAGUGGGGCAGGGGCAGGGGGACGGAGGGGAGAUUGUUCUUCCAAAACUUUCCAAUUCUACUCCUUAGGGACAGCUUAGAACUAUUUGCACUAUUGCGUCUUCAUGUUCCCACUUCAAAACAAACAUGCUCUGAGAGCAAACUGGCUUGAAUUGGUGACGCUUUGUCCCUCAAGCCACCAGAUGUGACGGUGUUUAGAACUGCCUGGAUCUGUAGAUACCUGCGCUUGUUUUAAAGUGGGCUCAGCACAUAGGGUUCCCACGAAGCUCCGAAACUCUAAGUGUUUGCUGCAAUUUUAUAAGGACUUCCUGAUUGCUUUCUCUCCUCUCCCUCCAUUCCUGCCUUUUGUCAUUUCAUUCUUUCAUUUCUUCCCCUCCCCCCUCCUCAUUCAUCCCUUGUGUUCCAAGCAGCCGCAGUGCCCAACUGUACCCCAAGCCGAUGCUGGUCAGCUCAUGCCCCCAGAACUCGCCCUGCCCUUGGCCUUCCCGCCACCAGCUGCAGCCCCAUCCCGUUCUGAACCCUGGGGAAGCCCCGAGUUCUGCUGAGUCUACCUGGCCCUAGCGCCGCGGCCUCUCUGAACGGCAAGAGAGCAGCAAGGUCUCGCUCUCCUAGGGAGCCCUUUCCCUGGUCAGAGCCCGGACACCGGGCCUCCUCAGCCUUCCACUUGAGAGAAGUGGGUGGGAGAAGUUGGGCCAGAUUUCGAUUUGGGAGCUGAGGGUAAUACAGAGGCCCCCGGUGGCCUUCCAGAGUCAUCGAGAGACCCAGCCCAGUGCAGAGCAGCUGACGGAACAAUGCAGAUGCCCCCAGACCUGAGCUGGCACCAGCGCCUAGGGCCUCCCUCCUCCACCCCAGGUUCCUCCAUUAACCACAAGUUCUUUUCUAAUGGAAAACUUUUGGCUUUUGCUUGCUGGAGACUGGGUAGGGCCAGUACAUCACACAUGUCCACGUCUGCGCCAGGGGUGUUGCGUGGGGGCUUAGAGGCUUGGGUUUGCUGUGGGAUCGCAUCCCUUUAACCUCCCUGUUCAGGAAGUCCUUAUCUAGCUGCAUAUCUUCAUCAUAUUGGUAUAUCCUUUUCUGUGUUUACAGAGAUGUCUCAUAUCUAAAUCUGUCCAACUGAAAAGUACCUUAUCAAAGUAGCAAAUGAGACAGCAGUCUUAUGCUUACAGAAACACCCACAAGCACGUCCCAUGUGAGCUGCUGCCAUGAACUGUCAAGUGCGUGUUGUCUUGUGUAUUUCAGUUAUUGUCCCCUGGCUUCCUUACCGCGGUGUAACCAUGAAGGAGUGAAACAUCCUAGAAACCGUCUAGCACUUCCUUGCCAGUCCUUAGUGAUCAGGAACCAUAGUUGACAGUUCCGAUCAGUAGCUUAAGAAAAAAAAAAACCGUGUCUGUCUCUUCCAGAAUGGUUAGAAGCAAGGGAGUUUGCCCCGUUCAGUUUCUAGAGUCAUAGCUGUCCUUUCUAGCAUUUUUGUAUCCAUUUCCUUAUGCUGCAAAAGCAAGUCCCACAACCAACCCCGCUCUGCUGUCAACCCUCUGGGCUUCACUUCUGACUCCUCCCCAGGAAGGGAAGGGGGAUCAGGGGGUGGGGAGCGAGUCCUUCAUUACCCCUCUUCCUCCAAGGACAAAAGGCUCCUGACCCCACAGUGGCCUUGCACUCCCAGCACCCCCAAAAGGCAUCUAGCCACGUGAGCAUGGCAUCCAGCCAGUUUGUCAUGGAGAUGCCGUCUGUUUUGCUUGGUGGGGUUUUUAUGCGUUAAACCAAGCCCAGUGAAAUGCGGCUCCUGGGACUAAUGUCAGGAGCUGUCCUCCCCGUCGGCUCGGUAUCAUCUGGUCCUGGGAAGAGGAGUGUGGGGCCCACCAGGCCCCCCUUUCACCCAUGACAGUUUAUUCAGGGGCUGACUGGGAAUUGGUGGUCGAGAACAUAGCGUUUCAAGGGUCUUUUUCUUUCUGUCUGGCCCCCUAGCUCCCCAGCUUCUUCCCCUAGAGUUCCAAAGCUGCAGGCAGUGCCUGAGGCUCUUUAGGGUUUUCUCUCUCUCCCCCCUUUCUUCCACAUUCUCUCUUCCCCAAAUAAAGGCAUCACAAAUGAGUCACCUUUUAAGCAGGCUGCCUUGGCAGUUUGUCACCCUGGCGGGCAGGGGCCCUGCAGCUCCCAUGCCACCCCUGUCCUGGAGUCAGGUUGACGGGAGGUUGGAGGGGAAGCCUAAGCCCUGGGAUUCUCACCAGCUGUGUCGGGCCCAUUUUGGGGUGUGACCUCAAUUUUGUGUGUACUUGAACACCACAAAGAUUGGGGGACAUCUUUUAGGGACUGUGCGAAGAAUACAGGAAUGGACCGAUGGCUUUCAGAUCCCCGUGGGCCAAGGUCACAGAAAGUCGCGUUCAGCCUCCCGAACCCUCAUUCUAGCUGUUAGUUACUACCUCCUCUCUCAAUAGAAUUCCGUGUGUCCUCGAGCUCCUCCCACAAUGCCCCGCCCAGCCCUGCCUGCCUGUCAUGGGCUUGUCCUAACCAGUGGAAUUGCCGGCCUUGACACUGCAGUGAACUGGGGAAACGGGGCCACAGCCAGGCUCUAGUACAGCUCCCUUCCGCUGGCACAGGAGACACCUAGAAAUGCCUCAUCCCCAGUCCAUCAGUGCCAAACUAGUCAACGACCCCAGCGCCUCAGCUCCCUGGAAGGUAAAAGUCGUGGUGGCCUGGGAUCACAGGCCACAGCCAGCACCUGGCUUCUACUCCUGAGACCCACCCUUUGCAGGUGCGGGCAACAAUCUGUUCAGUGGCAUCAUUCCAGGCUAGAGGCCAAGAACAGUGGCAGUAGGACCCGGAGCAGCCCCAAGUUGCUGUCUCCUCCUCUGCCCAGCUUGUCAUUGCUGUUACAGCGAUCAUGAAAGGGUACUAGCCAGAAACAAACUUCCACGUCUGGUGGGGAAGGAGUUUCCUUAGCUGACAGGACAUCUGGAUUUUAAGUAACUCUUAAGAAGCAGCUCAAGCCCAGGAAGGAGCAAAGGUUAUGAACUGAACUCACCAGGUGGGGCUGACUGGAUCUCGGAGAGCAUUCCCGCCAGGCUCACUGAGCUGACGGGGUCAGGGGAGGUCACAGGUACUGGUUCUUGGAGAAGACCUUUGUGCAUCCAUUCCUAGCCGCUGUCGUUGCCCCAAAUUGCUUCCUGGUGCAAGUCAUGCACAGAGUCUAGGACCCAUGGCCCAGACCUCGGGAAGCAAGCUGUGUCUAGAGCCCCGUGGGCAUUUACCUAGCCAGUCCCCCAAGUGCAGCACAGCGACGAUGUCGCCAGGCCUGUUGGUCGAGCCCCUGCCAUGUCAGUUUCCCACUCUUACUCUGCUCUCUGCAAGGGCCCAUCUUCGCUCUCUUGGUCAGUGAGCCUGUCCGCUCGUGGAGAGGUUUGUUGACUCUCCAUUUUUGUGUCUUUCUCUUUUAGAUCAAUCUUUAGAAAAAGGCCUAAUUGUUACAAAUCGCUAGGAUACUGCCUCCCCCAGGGUCUGAAGUUACAUAUUAAAGGGGGAAAAAAGUGUACACUGAAACCGGUUCUCAACAAUUCAGAAGGAAAACCUAGAAAAUAUUUGGCAGAAAAUUACAUUUCGCUGUUUCUGAAUGAAUAAGAGCAAGCUUUUGCUGAUCUAAAAAUACUUGGAGCUUGACCUGAAGUGUGGUGAGCGCAGCAGGUGAAGGGGAUUCCAGCCCGAAACGCUGGAUCUGAGACUCAGGGCCAUCCUGUCACUGGAGAGCCCGUUUCUCCUUGCGUAGCAGUCCCUGAAGAUUCAGCUGCCGUCCUGUCCUGUGGGGCGGCCUGGAGGUUACAGCUCGCCUGGUCCCAAAGCUGCAGGAGCCCAGCUCUUGGUUUGAGAAGCUGAGCAUUCACCAGGGACUCGCGAAGGCCUGCACCAUUACCACUCCCCAGCGCCACCUGUUUCUUGCUCCAUUCUCAUCUCCACAGAGCCUACCCGAAGUACUGAUUUGUCAGGAAAAUAAUGAAUUCUAACUAGGGCCCAGGCAACUAGGAAGGAGAAGGUGACGUCUCCCCCUUGGCCUCUGCCUGUGGCACAGCCUGUCCCCUAAGGACAUUCCCCUGCUUUGCUCUCCUUGGGGUCUAGGGCCUGGUAAAGUGGCACUCCCUUCUGAACUCGGAGGUGAGGACAGAGGCCUGAGCACUCACUGUGGUGUGUGCCCCCCUCGUCCCUCACCCUCGAGAGCCCCAGGGGCAGAGGGAGGGUGGGUGUGAAGACAGGUGCUUCCCCCACCCACCACCAGCAGAGCCAAGACCCUCACAGGGGAAAUCUGGCCUCUGAGUUUCAGAGCAUUUAUGAAACUUGCAAAUUGUCUUUGCUCCCCUAGCUCCCCCUUCUGUCUUACCUUUUCUCAGGUCCUGCUCAGCAGCGAAAGAAAACGAGAUGAAAAUGCCAAGAGGUUUUUGGCUCCUGCCCACUGGUAGUCCCUCUCCCCUCAGUGUUUGUGUGUCAAGUGACAAAGCUGUUCUUCCUGGUGACCCUGAUUAUAUCCAGUAUCUUAUAGACUAUACACAUAGGCCUGCUUGGUCUCCUCUAUCCUGGGCUUUUGUUUUGCUUUUUAGUUUUGCUUUUAGUUUUUCUGUCCCUUUUAUUUAAUGCACCGACUAGACACACAAAAGCAGUUGAAUUUUUAUAUAUAUAUAUCUGUAUAUUGCACAAUUAUAAACUCAUUUUGCUUGUGGCUCCACACAAAAAAAGACCUGUUAAAAUUAUACCUGUUGCUUAAUUACAGUAUUUCUGAUAACCAUAGCAUAGGACAAGGGAAAAUAAAACAAAAACAAAAAAACAAAAAAAAAAAACAAAAAAACAAAACAAAAAAAACGACAAAUCUGUCUGCUGGUCACUUCUUCUGUCCAAGCAGAUCCGUGGUCUUUCCUCGCUUCUUUCAAGGGCUUCCCUGUGCCAAGCAAAGGAGGCUCCAGGCAGCACCCGGGUUUUACACUGUUUCUCCCGUGCUUGUGAAAGAGGUCCCAGGAUGCUGGUGCAGGACAGUUCACCUCAGCGGGUGGGUGCGCGAGCGCUCCCUUGCCCUCGCGAUGUCCGGAAUGUAGUUGGCACCGCCUGGUCCCCUUCCACCUCUGGGUGGGGCAGCUGGAGUCCACAAGGGUGGCCUGACCCCCCAUCCCUUCUAGUGACCCGGUCAGAGUGAUCUUGUGUGGAGAGUCGGCUCAGCAGGCCUCCCCGCCAGUAGGACUCCCACUUUACUGAGUCCGGGGGGCUGGUGGGGAGAUGGGAGGCCUGUCACGUCUCUGAAUGUGUGAGCCACACCAGGUAGAAUGCCAGGGACCCCAGAACCACAUAGAAGAGCCCAGUGGGUCCCCUCCAGGAGGUAGCAGACUCCAGAAAUGUCCCUUUCUCUUCUCCCCCAUCCUAUGAGUAAUUGCAUUUGCUUUUGUAAUUCUUAACGAGCAAUAUCUGCUAGAGAGUUUAGCUGUAACAGUUCUUUUUGAUCGUUUUUUAAGUAAUUAAAAACACCAAAAAAAAAUCUAGAAACUUGUUCUUCCAAAGCAGAGAGCAUUAUAAUCACCAGGGCCAAAAGCUUCCCUCCCUGCGUCAUUACUACUUCUGAGGCCUGAAUCCGAAAGAGAAACACUCAUAGGCCCUUUGGGUGGCUGGGCUACCGUCGGGCCCCUUGGAGGACCUGGUCUGGGGCCCACUCCAGCCUGCGUUCAGUAUUAGCGGUGGGUCAUGAUGUCCUUGCCCACCCAGCCUGGGAUGGGGCCAAGGAGGCAAGGAGGCCAUUGCCACUGAUGCUUGGCCCCUAACAGGUGGGUGCCCACCUGUGUCUGCGUGCAUGCUUUGUGACGGAAAUGUGAAAUCAGCGCCCGAGUUAGCCUCACCCUGUGACCUCUCGCCCCGCCGGGCCAGAGCGGGCCCACCCAGUUCAGUGUUUCUGGGGAGCUGGACAGUGGAGUGCAAAAGGCUUGCAGAACUUGAAGCCUGCUCCUUCCUUUGCUACCAAGGCCUCCUUUUCCGUUUGAUUUGUCACUGCUUCAAUCAAUAACAGCCGCUCCAGAGUCAGUAGUUGAAUAUAUGACCAAAUAUCACCAGGACUGUUACUCAAUGUGUGCCGAGCCCUUUCUUCGCGCUGGGCUCCUGUGUACCCGGACACUGUAACGUGUGCUGUGUUAGCUCUCCUCCCCUCCCCCCUCGCCUUCCCCUCGUCUUUCUGGGGGUUUUCUGUUUGGGUUUGGUUUGGUUUUUAUUUCCCCUUUUGUGUUCCAAACAUGAGGUUCUCUCUACUGGUCCUCUUAACUGUGGUGUUGAGGCUUAUAUUUGUGUAACUUUUGGUGGGUGAAAGGAACUUUGCUAAGUAAAUCUCUUCUGUGUUUGAACUGAAGUCUGUAUUGUAACCAUGUUUAAAGUAAUUGUUCCAGAGACAAAUGCUUCUAGACACCUUUUCUUUACAAACAAAAGAAUUUGGAGGGUGGGGAUGGUGACCAAGAUGAGAGGGGCUGUCCUAUUUCCCCAGGAGGGGAGAUCCAGAGAGAUGACCCCUGCUCAGAUCAGCCAGAAGCCACCCAAAGAAGUUAAGCCUAUGCCAGCGGACUGAAUAGCUGAUGUGUUGCCAUUUUCAAAGUCCAAGCAAAACCAGGUCUUGUUCCACCCAGUGGAUUCUUUUGCCUUUUUUUCCCCCAAGAUUAUUGGCAUCAUUGCUAUUUUUAAGAACAGACAGGUUUAUGUUCCUGCAAGGGGAGUCAGGAGGGGUGUGAGCAGGGCCAACCUGGCCUUGGUGGGAGGAGGAUGGGGUGGGCCUGAACGGCUGUGGCUCAGACGAAGUGGGGGCAUCUCCCUGGAGACCUCUGCUGUGGCCACAGGUCAGGCAUAUGUUGACGGGGCAGAUUGGCCACUCUUCGCCUGAUGCAGCUCUUUCUGUACAGGCCAGGUGGUGGGCAUUACCAUUUAGGACACCUCAAUCACAUCCAACCCGCCCCACAGUGCCCGACACUCGUGUGACCUCUCAGUUCCCACCCACUCAUGUGAUAAGAUGUGGAGGGUGCGCUCUCUUUACUGUCAUCCAAUUCCCAGCAAAAUUUGGACGUGAGAAACCCCUUUCCCUUUCCAUGGCAAAACCAGAUCCUUCUCAGAGAAGCUGUUCCCCCCACCAGACGUUGUUUUGGGUUCACGGAACAGGGACAGAUGUGUGCUCCCCUUAGCGCCGGGCGGCACCUCCUCCGAAAGGUGAGGACAGUGCUGACUGUAGUGACCAUUUGCACAUGGGGUUUAGUAGUGGGUAGAACCAGGCAGGGUGGCUGCCCCCUCCCAAGUCUCAGUGACACAGGCCAGCCACCCUGUGCAGAGGGAAGUCCGGCCGAGGGUGGGAGAGGUAUGCAUGAGGCCUGGGGAGCCACCCAGGACAGACUUGGCUGGAGAUGUCUCGAAAAGCCCUCUAUCAUAUUCACCUUCAGUUUUUGUGUUUUGGGACAAUUACUUUAGGAAAUAAGUAGGUCGUUUUAAAAAACAAAAAAUAUUGAUUGCUUUUUUGUAGUGUUCAAAAAAAGGUUCUUUGUGUAUAGCCAAAUGACUGAAAGCACUGAUAUAUUUAAAAACAAAAGGCAAUUUAUUAAGGAAAUUUGUACCAUUUCAGUAAACCUGUCUGAAUGUACCUGUAUACGUUUCAAAAACACCCCCCACUGAAUCCCUGUAACCUAUUUAUUAUAUAAAGAGUUUGCCUUAUAAAUUUACAUAAAAAUGUCCGUUUGUGUCUUUUGUUGUAAAAUCAAGUGAUUUUUUCAUAAGGUUCUUUUACUAUUUGAAAAGAUGGGCAGCACGCAGUUUUAUUUUAUUUUUGUAAGUUUUUUAAUACGUGUGAAAGCAAAGACUACUCAGCAUGCCUUUCUAAGUGACGCGUUUGCACCUUUUGUUGGGAAGUACUGUAUCCUGUGCUGUUAGCAUUCUCGAUAAAUCUCUCUGUGAAAGUGA